UUUAGCUCCUCUCUUUCCCUCCCUCCCUCACUCCCUCCUUUAUUAGGGCAUGAUUUGUGUUCACAAGAGUGAUUAUCUGAAGUGAGCUUCUGAAUCAAUAAAGGAAGCAAAUAAAGCAGGCCAUGCCUCAAAUUUCAGAAACACUCAGAAUGAGAGUGAAAGCUUGUGCCAUAGAAUAAUAGCCAAAGAGCCAACUUGCACAGUCCCUAUUUAAUCAAAGAAAGAGAAAUGCAAAAAAGAGAUAGCUAUGUGUAGUAUGGCAUUAGUAUUUUCUUUCAUCCAGAUUUCUCUCAAAGUCAGAAAACACUAAAUACCCCUGAGCCUAGUAGCUGAUCCUUCUGGACCCUAAUGCCAAAUCGCCCAUCAUUCUUUUGUCCCUUUUCCCAAGGCUUCAAAAUCCAACAUUCACAUCCAAGAAGAGUCACAUUAUAUUAACAGAAAAGUAAAGGAGAGAAGCCACAAGGAAAGCUCCAAGAAGAAGAGCUCUAAGGAAAAAGAAAGAGAUAUGAAGAUCCAGUGUGAUGUCUGUGACAAAGUGGAGGCCUCUGUGUUCUGUCCUGCAGAUGAAGCUGCACUUUGCCAUAGCUGUGAUCGCGCCAUCCAUCAUGCAAACAAGCUUGCAAGCAAACAUGAGAGAUUCACUCUGCAUCACCCCUCCUCCAUAGACUUGCCUCUUUGUGAUAUAUGCCAAGAGAGAAGGGCGUGUCUAUUUUGCCAAGAAGACAGAGCAAUUCUUUGCAGAGAAUGCGACCUUUCUAUCCACAGAGCCAAUCAACACACCCAGAAACAUAACAGGUUUCUUCUCACGGGCUUGAAGCUCUCCAACACAUGUUUGGACUCAGAUUCAUCGUCCACGGACAGAAUCACUGUCUCUUCUGAAGCCAGAAACUCUCGAUCCAGCAAAGCAAGCAGGCCUAGAUCAGGUUCAAAUGAAAAUGCCUGCUCUUCUUUGAGGUUUGAAGAUAACAUGGCUAGUGACACUGGUUCAGCUUCAACAAGCAGCAUUUCUGAAUACUUGAUUGAAACAAUCCCUGGUUACUGCUUCGAAGAUUUUCUUGAUGCAUCGUUUGCACCUAAUGGUUUCUGUAAGAACUAUGAUUAUCAUUCAGGCUUCCAAGCUCAAACUCAAGUUCAAUCCCCUCAACUUAGCCAUUCGAGUCUUCUUCUCCAAAAUGGCUACUGUACAGUUCCUGUACCUAGUCCUCCUUUCAUGAAAAAAUCUAGAAGCUCUAGAUAAUCACCUAAUUGUAAAAAACUGUUGGAAAGUAUCCUCUUUAUUUUGUUUUCUGCAUUUCUUUACAAAUUAAUUAGUGUUACUUUUUGGUUCUCUACUUCUCUGCUAUCAUUUAUUAUUUGU